AGCAUAUAUAUGUCUGAAAAAAAAUAAUGCAACCUUUUUUAUGGAAAACACUUUAUUUCAUUGUUAUUCUUAUUGCUCUUCUUGUUGUGUCCUUUCUAGCACAAUGUCCAGCAAAUGAAAUCCGUACAGAAUCAUCUGGAGUAAUUCUCAGUCCAGGUUACCCAGGCACAUAUCCCAACUCUCAGACCUGUUCUUGGACUAUAAAGGUUGAUCCGGGAUAUAACAUCUCCAUAUUUGUAGAUAUGUUUCAAAGUGAAAAGCAGUUUGAUGAGCUGGAGGUAUUUGAUGGUUCUUCUGGACAAAGCCCUUUACUGGUUGCUUUAAGUGGAAAUCACACUGGACAACUGAACUUUACAAGCAAAAUGAAUCAGCUAUACCUUCGCUGGUCAACUGAUCAUGCAACCAGCAAGAAAGGAUUCAAGAUCCGUUACUCAGCUUCCUAUUGCAGCCUAAACCCUACCUUGAGGAAUGGUGGAAUUGUAAAUAAAACAGGUGGUCCUGCUGGAAGUAAAGUUCAUUAUUACUGCAAACCUGGAUAUAGAAUGAUUGGUCAGAAUAAUGCAACAUGUAGACGUCACCAAAAUGGCAUGUAUCAGUGGGAUUCUCCUGUGCCAAUCUGCCGAGCUGUAUUUUGUGGUAUUCCUGAUUCUCCUGGGAAUGGUUCAGUUAUAGGUAAUGAAUUCACUUUGGGCAGUAGAUUGAUAUAUGAAUGUAAUGAGGGCUUCAAGCUAGAAUCUAGUCAACAAGCAACAGCAGUGUGUCAAGAAGAUGGAUUGUGGAGCAACAAAGGGAGGCCACCUGUCUGUAAAUCUGUGACUUGCCCCAACAUAGAGACUCUGCUUUCAGAACAUGUUGUCUGGAGACUGAUUUCUGGGUCACUGAAUGAGUACGGAGCUCAAGUCAUGCUCAGCUGCAGUCCUGGGUAUUAUUUAUUGGGUCAAAGACUCAUACAGUGCAGGACUAAUGGAACCUGGAGUGUAGGUAAUGAAAGGCCAAUCUGUAAGGUUAUCUCCUGUGGUGGUCUUCCAUCUCCACCAAAUGGAAAUAAGAUUGGAACCUUAACAGUAUAUGGAGCCACUGCAAUUUUCACCUGUAACACAGGAUACACGUUAGUUGGUUCUCAUGUGAGAGAAUGCUUGGCAAAUGGUCUUUGGAGCGGUGCUGAAACUCAGUGUCUAGCUGGUCACUGUGGUUCUCCAGAUCCAAUUGUAAAUGGUCAUAUUAGUGGAGAUGGCUUCAGUUACCGUGAUACUGUAGUCUAUCAGUGUAAUCCUGGCUUUCGACUUGUUGGUACAUCUGUCAGAAUUUGUCUACAGGAUCACAGAUGGUCUGGACAAACUCCUGUUUGUGUCCCAAUCACGUGUGGACAUCCUGGGAAUCCUGCUCAUGGAAUGACUAAUGGCAGUGAGUUUAAUUUGAAUGAUGUUGUAAAUUUUACUUGCAACACUGGGUACUUACUUCAGGGUGCUUCCCGAGCACAGUGCCGAAGCAAUGGGCAGUGGAGUAGCCCUUUACCAAAUUGCCGAGGUAAGAAACUUUCCUCUAAUUCUUCUGUUCCCUAA